AUGUCUCAAGCCACAAUCUCGUCAAACCAACUUUCCAGUGACCAAAGCCGGCGAGCAUCUUCCGAGAUGAUGAAAUACUACCUUGCCAGUCGCCCCAGUACAACGACAGAUAGGCUCGUUCAAGGGAACAUCAUGUCAGACGGAGAUCUCAUAGACAGUCUUAAGAAAAAGGAAUCCCAACUAGAUGUGUUAGUAAGACGGGCGAAGGGGGACGGUUCUAAGUCGACGUAG